AUGAAUUUAGAUGUAUAUAACAUGAGUUUAGAUGUAUAUAACAUGAGUUUAGAUGUAUAUAACAUGAAUUUAGAUGUAUAUAACAUGAGUUUAGAUGUAUAUAACAUGUAUUUAGAUGUAUAUAACAUGAGUUUAGAUGUAUAUAACAUGAGUUUAGAUGUAUAUAACAUGAAUUUAGAUGUAUAUAACAUGAGUUUAGAUGUAUAUAACAUGAAUUUAGAUGUAUAUAACAUGAGUUUAGAUGUAUAUAACAUGAGUUUAGAUGUAUAUAACAUGAAUUUAGAUGUAUAUAACAUGAGUUUAGAUGUAUAUAACAUGAGUUUAGAUGUAUAUAACAUGAAUUUAGAUGUAUAUAACAUGAGUUUAGAUGUAUAUAACAUGUAUUUAGAUGUAUAUAACAUGAACUUAGAUGUAUAUAACAUGAGUUUAGAUGUAUAUAACAUGAGUUUAGAUGUAUAUAACAUGAACUUAGAUGCUUAUUACAUGAGUUUAGAUGCUUAUUAUAUAUGUCCAAAUAGUGUGGUAAUAAAACUAUUCCCAACAUAUUCUCACCUGCACCCUAUCGCAGCCCCGAAGGCAUGUUUUUUGGGAAAAAUCUCAUAA